AGGUUCUGGACGUGGACAGAUCGGUUCUGUACAAGAUCAAGAAGUCGGUGAAAGCCAUCAACACGUCUGGUCUGGCUCAUGUGGACAAUGAGGAGCAGUAUAUUCUGUCCAUGGAGAAAUUUGGAGACAACUGCGUCUGCCGGGAGGACGCCGAGGUCGGCUCGGCCUUCCUCAAGUUCGCCGUUUUUACCAAAGAGCUGUCGGCGCUCUUCAAGAACCUGUUGCAGAACAUGAACAACAUCAUCACCUUCCCUCUGGACAGUCUGCUGAAGGGAGACCUGAAAGGAGUGAAAGGGGAUCUGAAGAAGCCGUUCGACAAAUCCUGGAAGGAUUACGAGACCAAGCUAGCAAAGCUUGAGAAGGAGAAGAGGGAGCACGCCAAGCAGCACGGGAUGAUUCGCACCGAGUUCAGCGGAGGAGAGAUCGCGGAGGAGAUGGAGAAGGAGCGACGACUCUUCCAGCUGCAGAUGUGCGAGUAUCUGCUCAAAGUGAACGAGAUCAAAGUGAAGAAAGGCGUCGACUUCCUCCAGAACCUCAUCAAGUAUUUCCACGCUCAGUGCAAUUUUUUCCAGGACGGACUGAAAGCUGUGGAGAGUUUGAAACCCUCCAUAGAGAAACUGGCUACAGAUAUGACGGCGAUAAAGCAGACUCAGGAUGGAGAGAGGAAACAGCUGACUCAGCUCCGGGACGUCCUCAAAGCGUCGCUGCAGUCCGAGCAGAAAGAGGACGCUCAGGCCAAACAGAACGCAGGUUACAGCCUCCAUCAGCUGCAGGGCAACAAGGCCCACGGCACCGAGUGGUCCGGAGUCCUCUACAAGAAGAGUGAGGGGCUGAGGAAGGUGUGGCAGAAGAGGAAGUGCUCGGUGAAGAACGGUUUCCUGACCAUCUGCCACGGCACGCCUAACAGACCUCCAGCCAAACUCAACCUGCUCACCUGUCAGGUGAAGAGGAAUCCAGAUGAGAAGAAGAGCUUCGACCUGUUCUCACACGACCGAACGUAUCACUUCCAGACGGAGGAUGAAGCCGAGUGUCAGAUCUGGGUGUCGGUGCUGCAGAACAGUAAAGAGGAGGCGCUGAACACAGCGUUCAAAGGCGACCAGAACGAAGGCGAGAACAACAUCGUACAGGAGCUGACCAAAGCCAUCGUAGGAGAGGUGAAGAGGAUGAGCGGCAACGACAGCUGCUGCGACUGCGGAGCUCCGGCUCCCACCUGGCUGUCCACCAACCUCGGGGUGCUGAUCUGUAUCGAGUGCUCGGGGAUCCACAGGGAGAUGGGGGUCCACUACUCCAGGAUCCAGAGUCUGGACCUGGACGUCCUGGGAACCUCCGAGCUGCUCUUGGCGAAGAACGUGGGAAAUGCCAACUUCAACGAUAUCAUGGAGGCAGAUCUGUCGGCGCAGAGCGUCACCAAACCUGAUCCGACCAGCGACAUGCAGAUGAGGAAGGACUACAUCACAGCGAAGUACACAGAGAAGCGUUUCGCUCAGCGGCAUUGUGCCGACGCCGACGCCAGACUGCGAGAUCUCUACGAGGCCGUCAGGAACAAAGACAUCCUGUCUCUGAUCCAGGUCUACGCCGAGGGGGUGGACCUGAUGGAUGCCAGCCCGCAGCCCAACGAACACGAACCUGGAGAGAUGUCCCCUGGCGGUCCUUGGCGACGGAACUCGUUCACAUCGUCGACUUCUCGACAAAACAGGCCGGGAAGCACGCAUCCUAACCAUAGGGCUGUCAUUAUCUAUUCUCUGUUACGACUUCAGAAAACAGGCAGGUGGACAGGUAGUAUGAGAAGGAAAGGAACCAGCGCCUGCAUCACCUUGGCCCCUCGCCUCGAUCGAGAGUGA